AUGUCUCAAGUAGCAAACCUUGGCAUUUUUAAAAUACCUGAAAUUAAAAAUGAGCCUAUGAAAACUUAUCCUCCUCAUAGUGAGGAACGUGCAAAGCUACAGGCCGCUUUGUCUGAACUCAGAAAAAAAGCGCCGAUCGAGAUACCCAUUCUUGUAAAUGGCCAAGAGAUUCGUACUGAUAAAAUUGAAGAACAACGAAUUCCAUCAGAUCAUGCUACUGUUCUUGCCAGGUAUCAUGAGGCCGAUCCUGCAACAAUUGAUAAAGCCAUUAAAGGAGCAUUGGCUGCUAAAGCUAGUUGGGAAGCUUUACCAUUUAAUGAUCGUGCUGCCGUUUUUUUGAAAGCAGCUGACCUCUUAUCUGUAAAGUAUCGAUACAAAUUAUUGGCUGCAACCAUGCUUGGACAGGGCAAAAAUGCAUGGCAAGCUGAGAUUGAUGCUGCGGCUGAAUUGAUAGACUUUUGGCGUUUCAAUGCAAAAUACGCGCAAGAAAUCUAUCAACAACAACCACCAGUUAAUGCCCCUGGCGUGUGGAACCGACUCGAAUAUCGACCGCUUGAGGGAUUCGUUUAUGCUAUCGCUCCAUUUAAUUUCACUGCCAUUGGUGGUAAUUUACCCAGUGCACCAGCCUUGAUGGGUAAUGUCGUUCUGUUAAAACCCUCACCCAGUGCCGUGUUAUCCAACUGGAUUGUAUUGGAAAUAUUGCGUGAAGCUGGCCUGCCCGAUGGAGUCAUUCAAUUUAUUCCAGGUCCAGCUGCCGAAAUUACGGAGCAAAUACUUAAGUCGCCCGAUUUUGCUUCAUUGCACUUUACAGGAUCAACACAAAUUUUCAAAAAAUUAUGGAAAGACAUUGGCAACAACAUUGAUAUUUAUAAAUCUUACCCACGAAUAGUUGGAGAGACCGGUGGCAAGAAUUUCCAUGUGAUUCAUAAGUCUGCAAAUAUUGAAAAUGCAGUUCAUCAAACUAUUCGUGGCGCCUUUGAAUACGCUGGGCAGAAAUGCUCGGCAGCCUCGCGUGUUUAUGUAGCAGAUUCAGUUUGGGACGAGUUCCGUACAGCAUUGCUUACUGAGCAUGCAAAGAUCAAAGUUGGCCCUGUUGAAGAUUUUACAAAUUUUUAUGGCCCUGUCAUACACAAAGCCUCAUUCGAAAAGAUAAAAAGUUAUAUUGAAUGGGCUAAGGGUGAUGCGAGCAGUGAAAUUAUCGCGGGUGGAAGCUAUGACGAUUCCAAAGGAUACUUUGUUCAGCCUACCAUAAUAGUAACAUCAAAUCCAAAGAGUAAAACAAUUUCCGAAGAAAUUUUUGGACCUGUUCUUACUAUCUAUGUAUAUAAAUCGGAUGAUUAUGAGAAAAUAUUAGAUGUUGUUAACGAAACUUCAGGCUAUGGCUUAACAGGAGCUUUGUUCGCACAAGAUCUUCAUGCCAUUUUACUCGGCCAAAAUAAAUUGCGUCAUGCAGCUGGCAACUUUUACUUGAAUGAAAAAUCUACUGGUGCUAUGGUGGGCCAACAACCUUUUGGUGGUGCUCGUGCCUCUGGUACUAAUGACAAAGCCGGAAGUCCAAACUUGUUGUACCGUUUUGUCUCUAUGCGAACUAUCAAAGAGAACUUUAUCAAUAUCGAAAAUUUCUCAUAUCCUUCUAAUUUAGCAUAA